AUGAACGCAUCGCAUGGCCUGUCUGGUCUCGAAUCUCGUAGCAUCCGAGAGCGCAGAGCCAGUCGCGUGCGUCGGUCUUCCGUCUCGCACAUGGGGAAGAGCGAGGCCUGUCUCAGCACGAACAACCCGGAACGCACGCGAGGGGGUAGCCUUGUCGACUGCGAGCGCCGCACGCGCAGCGAGAAGCCCAGCGUGGAGCCUCUGCGGCCAACCCGCGAGAGCAGCCACGCAAGGAAACGCGAGGUGGACCGGAAGCGGCCGGACGGCGAAGGCGCGUCUCUGAGCCCCCGGAGCAACGGGGCCGGCAGCGAGUGCAGCACACGCAGCUGCGAGAGCCACGAGAAAGUCGGUCGCACGCUGAGUGGCGAGUCGACUGGGAAGGACGGAGCGUCUCCAGCGCGUCCAGUCGGGACUGCACGGCGGAGAAGCAACGAAGAGGAACGCGAAGUUCGAGGGGAAGUUCGUGAAGUCCGGGAAGACCAAACAGGUCUGCGGGCGAAGAGAGGCAAGGGCGAAGCAGUUCGCGGGGAUCGAGUGUCGGGAAGCCCAUGCACUACGGUUGCGACCGUUUCGCCUGUCGGGACAGCGCGCCGCAGCCACUCGGGGAGUCAGUCGAGCGACAAGCGGCCGGGGGCGAAGCAGCCUCCUCUGCACAAAGUCGGUUCUUCGUCUUCGAGUCUCAGCAAAACGAUGGCGCCGACGGUGAUGAACACGCCGACCCGCAUUGAGGCUGGCCGACAAAAGUUCUUGAUUUUCGACGCACCGAGCCAGGAGAACCUGCCGGCGUACAUUGAGGAGAUGCGCGCCUACGAGGUCACCGAUCUGGUGUGCACCUGCGAACGAACGUAUGACGACAAGACCGUGCUGGCGUCGGGGAUUCGCCCGCACGAAAUGAUCUUCCCCGACGGCGAGGCGCCUCCGGACGACGUCAUCGACGACUGGCUCACGCUGUGCAACUCCGUCUCGCAGCAGAAGGGAGCCAUCGCCGUCCACUGCGUAGCCGGCCUCGGACGCGCUCCAGUCCUUGUCGCCAUCGCCCUCAUCGAAAAAGGCAUGGAUCCCAUGGACGCCAUCAUGUUCAUCCGAGAAAGACGAAAGGGGGCGAUCAACCGGCGCCAGCUGCAGUUCUUGAAGGGUUACAAGCGUCGCAGCCACUACAAGAAAUGCUGCGGAGGCGGGUGCAAACUCAUGUGA